UUGGACAAAUCAGAUGUGUUGUUAAGAAUCAAUUAUAAAACAUGGAUCAAGCAUUACAUUCAAAUCGUUCAAGUGUUUUAAAAUAUUAUAACAAAAGUGAAAAAGAUGUUCAAAGUGAUGUGAAUAUUAUUUUGGAAUCAUUGGAAAAAAAAGCUCACUUUCCAAAAAUUAAAGAUGAAAAUGCAUUAAGGAAUAAAAUUGAAGCCUUUUUAAUAUUUAAUAAAUUUCAUAUUGAGAAAACAAAGCAAAAAUUAGAUUUAUGUUAUUCGUAUCGAAAUAUUUAUCCAGAAUUUUUUGAUAAUUGGGAUCCAUGUAGUGCCGAAUUUGAAAAAACAUUCAGCAUUUUUCGCUACACACCACUUCCAUAUCUUACAAAAGAAUUAAAUCGUGUUAGUUUUAUCGAAUUAACAGAUAAAGUUCACGAUAAUUUUGAGCCACUUACACAUUUUAAAACAUUUUUAAUGUCAUUUGAAACUCGAAUUUCACAUGAUUGUAACGCAGGAGAAAUUAUCAUCUAUGAUUGUUCAAAAGCCAAUCUUAAUAUUGUUAAACAAUUAACACCAUCUAUACUAAAAAAGGCUGUGGAUAUUAAUCUAAAAGGAUAUAGUGUCCGAUUAGCUGGCUUACAUUUAUUACAUCCACCGAACGGUUUACCAAUUUUAUUAACUAUUUUAAAAGCCCUCGUAAAACCGAAAAUAUAUGAGCGUAUUCACUUACAUAAUGAUUUGGAAUCCUUACAUAAAGCUAUUUCAAAAGAAUAUUUACCAAAAAAUUUGGGUGGAGAGCUAACUGACAGCCAAAUAUUAACAGAUACAUGGUAUGGCAUAUUGAAAAAUAACCGUGUUAAUUUAAUAGAAGAAUCAAAAUUACGGACAGAUGAAUCAAAGAGAAUUGAAAAAUUAAACGAAGAUGAAUUUUUUGGAUCAAUGCAUGGAUCAUUUAAGAAAUUAGAAUUUGAUUAAUAUCUAAAUAACUUUGUAUUAGUUGUAAUAAUUCUUAGGUUCCAUUAGUUUCCAAUACUUACAAAGUUUUUAAUAAAACUUUAA